AUGGCCUCCCAAGAAUCCUUAAACAAAGUCAAGACUUUGAUCGCCGACAACCCCUUCUUGAUGUUGUCCAAGUCUUGGUGCCCGGACUGCCAUUACACUUACAAGAUCUGGGACGAGUUCGGUGUCCGGGACAAGGUCCACAUCAUUGAAUUAGACAAGUUUGCCGACCAGACCGAAGCGGCCGAGUUGGAGAAGGCCUUUACCGAAGUUUCGGGAAGAAAAUGGGUUCCUACUAUCUGGUUCAAUGGUGAAAGAUUCGGCACCGAGCAAGACUUGAAGCAGUUGGAAAAGACCGGUGAGUUGGAGAGCGCUUUCAAGAGUGCCAAGUUAAUCUAG